AUGAUGGUGGUCAAGACGGAUAAGAAGAAAGAAACCGAUGUCCGUCUUGAUGCAGAGAUGCUGGAAGUCUGUAAACAACGCUACAUGGCCGUAAGUGCUUUAGACAUGUCUUUAGUUACUUUAAUUUCUUUUUAUAAAUAAAGGGUCAUUUUUAACUGCCAAAUUUCAUUAAAUUUUAAUUUUUUAGCUUUGCACUUUUCAGUUUAAAACUUUCGAAAAUCUAAAAUCUUUGACAAUUUGCAUUUGCAAAAUCAAUAUAAAAAUGUCAAGUAUACACAGACGCAAUAAAAAAGGUUUUAGGAGCUGAAUUGGGCUAAAAAGAACACUUUACCAAUGUUCAAGUUGAUCACGGUAGACGAGAAGAACAGGAACUGGUCUUUUUUGUUCACCCCAGUAAGAUUUACAGACAAAAAUUUGUGAUUACCUUUUAAACCUUUGAUGUCACACGUUAUGACAUACCAAAUGGUAUCUCAAUAUCGUGAUCUCGCUUGAGUAUUAACCUUCAACAAUAUAGGACCAACCUCCGUACAACAAUGGUGGCUUCCGUUUGUCAGUUCUACUCCCUGUAAACUACCCAUUCAAGCCUCCUUCGGUCAAUUUUUUGACCAAGAUCAUGCAUCCGUGUGUUGAUGAAGCCGGCAAUGUCAGUAUUCCUGGCUUCAAAUCCGAGGAAUGGAAGCCAACUUUGAGGAUUCGGGAUGGUAAGUUAUAUCUAUUUUUUUUUAAACACUCUUACUAACAUUUUGAACUAUUUUCAUCUUUUGUAUGAAAAUACAGCUGUAUGUAUUAUGCCAGAUAAUUUAAACCCAGGAUCUUUAUAAUAGGCUAAAGUAAUAUGAAGUGUUGUAACAGCUGCAUUUUAAGUUCAAAAGACAAAUUACAGGUACCAGAAGACUAUAAUGAUCAUUCUUUUCAGUUCUCCUCCGCACAGCUCAGCUAAUACUGGACCUGGAAGCAAAUCGACCGCUCAGAAACGACUUGGCUGAACUUCUCAACUCAAACCCAGCAUUAUUUACCCAAAAGGCUGAUGAAUAUACCAAGAAAUUCGCGGAAAAACGUUGA